CAAAUCCUGUAUACGUGGGGAGAAGCCAAAUCAGUAAGUGAUCUGAUGAAUAGCUACAGACGUGUAAGAGGAGCGCAAUCUGCAGCAAGAGAACCAAGUCAUGGCCUUCAGCGAAGAUGACCAGAAUCACAAGGUUGUAUUGGAUGUUCAUGACUUCAAGAAUGGAGACGUUAAGGUUAAAGUGGAAGACAAUCAGGUGGUGGUGGAAGGUCGAGUGGAAAAGGAAGAGGGCGACUUUAAGUCCAUGAAAAGCUUCUGUCCGUUCAACUUCCCAGGCAAAGUGAACAGGAGGCCUGUGACUUCCGCAGUGUCUUCUGAUGGCGUCUUGACUAUCACGGCUCCGAAGAUUCCACAGGCAGCAUAGAAAUGCACAUUUAAUUGGCUGAAAUUACAAUAUAAGCUGAAAAGCCAUGUAUGUUUAAAUAUGUAUUAUAGAUUUACGUAAUGUAGAAAUUAAGUUUAUUAAUUCAUUAUAAUAAAAAAAAAAUUGUUUACAUAUAUGUAUUACUUUACUUAACUUCCAUUUUCGCGAACUUAUCAAAAAAUACCAUCGUUUCAUAACACAUGUGUUUCUAUGGUUAAUGAUUUAAACAUAUAAAUAUGCUACAUCUGUGUUUCAAUGGUUAAUGGUUUAAACCAGGGAUCGGCAACCUCUGGCACGAGUUCUUGCCUAUGUCACAUCACGUGAUUCGGAGGAAAAAAAA